AUGAUCCCCGGGGCCCCCGGCACGACCACCACCAUGCUCCCCGCCUCCGAGGCUGCCAAAAUCUACCAGACCAACUACGUGCGCAACUCCCGCGCCAUCGGCGUCCUAUGGGCCAUCUUCACCAUCCUCUUCGCCAUCGUCAACGUGGUGUGCUUCAUCCAGCCGUACUGGAUCGGAGACGGCAUGGACACCCCGCAGGCGGGUUACUUCGGUCUGUUCCACUACUGCAUCGGGAACGGGCUGUCCCGGGACUUGACCUGUCAGGGCAGCUUCACCGAGUUCAGCACCAUCCCGUCCGGUGCGUUCAAGGCCGCCUCCUUCUUCAUCGGCAUGUCCAUGGUGCUGGUCCUCACCUGCAUCGGCUGCUUCGCUCUCUUCUUCUUCUGCAGCACCGGCACCGUGUACAAGAUCUGCGGCUGGAUGCAGCUGGCUGCAGAGUCGGAGUACUACCACACGCUGAAUGAAGCCCGCAGUUAA